UCGGAUUCCCAAUGGGGACAGGGUAUCCAAAUCCAAGUGAUCGGUUGCUUUCUCGUUACACAAGUAAAACGUAAAAGGAGUAAGAAUUUUAUUUUGAAAGAACAGAAUUAAUUGCGAAUAUUCCAAAGUUAAAUUAACUUUAUCUCUAUGGACAGAAGCCGAUGAUUGAGGUAUCAGAGAAGUUACUGAACCAGUCAGAAGGCAUUUCUGAUUUCUCCUAAUGGCCGGAUUGUUGUCAUUUGGCCUAAAAAUCUUGUCGUUCAACAUACUAAUACUUGCGUUCUCUCUUGUCAUUUUUCACGGAGAAGCAGAAUCAGUUGUGUUUGAUUGUGACCUGAACUGUACCUGCUCUAAGGCCAAUUGUACUGCUGGUCAGUACUGGGCUAAUUGUUCAAUAGGAUGUCUUCAAUGCCCAUCUGGACACUACUGUGCAGGUGGAAGUGAUACAACAGUUCCUUGUGUCGCUGGUACAUAUAGUGCUAAUGCUGGCCAGAAUAGUUCAUCUUCCUGCAAGGCCUGUCAAAGCGGUUACUACAGUGGCAGUGGUUCUGCAUCUUGCUCACCCUGCCCUGCUGGACAGCACUGCUCUGCAACAGCUGUUCUUGGAAGCUGUUCCUUUGGCCAAUAUUCCUUGUUAGGAAAUGGAUCUUGCCAAACAUGCCCCUCAGGCUAUGUUUGUUCAAGUGCUGCACAGGCACCACAGCUUUGUCCUGGUGGAACUAUUCCAAACACAACAACACACACAUGCACUGAAUGUGCAGCUGGUACUUAUUCAAUAAAUGGGACAACUUUUUGUAGUUCCUGUCCAAAUGGUACAUACAGCUCAGCUGGGUCAUCCUCUUGCACUAACUGUCCAGCAGGCCAUAGCUGUGGAAGUAAAACAUCUCCAGUGCCUUGCAGUCCUGGAACAUACCCUUCUGGUGACAAAAUGUCCUGUUUGCCAUGCCCUGCAGGUUUCUAUUGUCCAACAGGUCAGCUGGCAAUUGUAUGUCCAAAUGGCACAUACCAACCCGAGACACAGAAAACAAACUGUAGUAUGUGUCCAGCUGGGAAAAUGUGUACUGGUAAAAAUGUGCCUGCCACUGAUUGCUUGAAUGGGACCUACAGCAUCCUUGGCUCUUAUGAAUGCCUUAACUGCCCUUCAGGUCACCACUGCCCUGAUAAGUCGACUGCAGUCCCAUGUACGGCAGGGACAUACGUGUCUGGCAGUAAAAUGUCGUGUGAGCCAUGUCUCAUCGGACAUUACUGCCCAACUGAUAAACUAGAGGCAUCCGUUUUAUGUACGAACGGAACGUAUCAAAAUGAAACGGGGCAGACAUCUUGCAAUGACUGCCCAGCUGGAAAAGGUUGCUCCUCCACGUCCAUUACGAGUGAUUGUCCCAAUGGAACGUACAGUGCGUUGGGUGUGUCUGAGUGUUUAGUUUGUCCAAGUGGUCACAGCUGCCCUGAUAAGUCGAAUGCAGUCCCAUGUACAGCAGGGACAUACGUGUCUGGCAGUAAAAUGUCGUGUGAGCCAUGUCUCAUCGGACAUUACUGCCCAACUGAUAAACUAGAGGCAUCCAUUUUAUGUACGAACGGAACGUAUCAAAAUGAAACGGGGCAGACAUCUUGCAAUGACUGCCCAGCUGGAAAAGGUUGCUCCUCCACGUCCAUUACGAGUGAUUGUCCCAAUGGAACGUACAGUGCGUUGGGUGUUUUUGAGUGUUUAGUUUGUCCAAGUGGUCACAGCUGCCCUGAUAAGUCGAAUGCAGUCCCAUGUACAGCAGGGACAUACGUGUCUGGCAGUAAAAUGUCGUGUGAGCCAUGUCUCAUCGGACAUUACUGCCCAACUGAUAAACUAGAGGCAUCCGUUUUAUGUACGAACGGAACGUAUCAAAAUGAAACGGGGCAGACAUCUUGCAAUGACUGCCCAGCUGGAAAAGGUUGCUCCUCCACGUCCAUUACGAGUGAUUGUCCCAAUGGAACGUACAGUGCGUUGGGUGUGUCUGAGUGUUUAGUUUGUCCAAGUGGUCACAGCUGCCCUGAUAAGUCGAAUGCAGUCCCAUGUACAGCAGGGACAUACGUGUCUGGCAGUAAAAUGUCGUGUGAGCCAUGUCUCAUCGGACAUUACUGCCCAACUGAUAAACUAGAGGCAUCCGUUUUAUGUACGAACGGAACGUAUCAAAAUGAAACGGGGCAGACAUCUUGCAAUGACUGCCCAGCUGGAAAAGGUUGCUCCUCCACGUCCAUUACGAGUGAUUGUCCCAAUGGAACGUACAGUGCGUUGGGUGUGUCUGAGUGUUUAGUUUGUCCAAGUGGUCACAGUUGUCCAGAAGCAUCGUCCACCGUGCCUUGCCUUGUUGGUAACUAUGUGUCCGGAGAUAAAUUGUCAUGUGAACCUUGUCCAGCCGGGAGCUAUUGUCCCGAAAACCUGUUAGAUUCACCCAUUGUUUGUACCAAUGGUAGUUAUCAGAAUGAAACCGGCCAGGCAUCUUGCAAUCCAUGCCCGGCUGGACAGAGUUGUCUGUCUGUAUUUUCGUCACCAGUCAACUGUCCAGAUAGAACUUAUAGUGAUGUUGGUGUAUCUCAAUGUAUUCCAUGUCCUUCAGGCUACAGCUGUCCCGGUAAGGCCUCUGCAGUUGGAUGCACCAAAGGAAACUACGCUGCUCCCGAUAAAUUAUCAUGCCUGCCUUGCCCUGCUGGGAAUCAAUGCCCUUUUGAUUACCUCGACUCCCCCGUUGUUUGCGCUAAUGGCACAUAUCAAAAUGAGACUGGCAAGGAAGCUUGUCUCGAAUGCCCAGCUGGGAAAAAAUGCAUGUCUUUGUCAGGAAUACCAGUUGAUUGUAGCAACGGGACGUACAGUCUUUUAGGAGAGACCGAUUGUUCCAUUUGCCCUAGUGGACACAGUUGUGCAGACAAAAAAUCGUCAGUUCCAUGUACCAUGGGUAACUAUGCAUCCUCUGAUAAACUGUCCUGCAAGACCUGCCCAAAGGGUUACAGGUGCCCAACAAAUGAGAUGGCAGCGCCACUACCUUGCUCAAAUGGAACGUACCAAAACGAAACCGGGAAGACAGUGUGCCACAAUUGCCCUGGGGGCUUUUCAUGUAUCAGAGCGGAAGAUACUCCGGUUCAAUGUAGUCUUGCAGAAUACAGUCCAGUCGGAACUAGUCCGUGCAUCGAAUGCCCUCCGGGACACAGCUGUGAAAACCGAACAGUUCUGACUCCAUGUCUAAAAGGAUAUUAUUCAGCAAAUGACAGACUCUCGUGCUUGCCAUGCGAGAAAGGAUUCUACUGCCCAGUUGACAAGAUGGACCAAGGAAUUGCCUGUAGUAAUGGAACAUAUCAAGAUCAGACUGGACAGCAAGCGUGCAUCACCUGCCUUGGUGGCCACGAGUGCCCGUCCGUUGCUGCCACCCCAGUGCCGUGCAGUAACGGUACUUACUCUCUCCUCGGUGAUGUAGACUGCCAGACGUGUCCUGCCGGAUACAGUUGUGCCAACAAAUCUGCUUCUCCUGUCCCUUGCGGCCUUGGAUCUUAUUCUCCUGCUGGAAGUGCUCAAUGUUCAGAUUGCUCUGCCGGACAAUAUUGUCCAACCACGACUGCUGCAGCCCCCAUCGCAUGUCCAUCUGGGUAUUACAACAUACUUACAAAGCAAUCAUCAUGCAUAAUAUGUCCAAGAGGUAGUAAAUGUCCUUACGGAAACCAAAGCCCAGAGCAAUGCCCUCCUGGUUAUCACAUUGAUGCAACAGGCCAAACAAAAUGUGCCAAGUGUUCUAGUGGGUAUUACACAUUAGCAAAUGGAACUAUCAAUUGCCAAGCUUGUCCGGCCGGAAGCAAAUGUCCAUUGACCGACCAAGCCCCUAUUGCGUGUGGUGCAAACGAGUAUUCUCUUGGCGGAGCUGCCAGCUGUACCCUUUGUCCAACAGGAAUGAUCUGCUCAGAUCCAACCAAGCCUCCCACUCCAUGUGCUACUGGUGAGUUUUCAAAUGGAACAUCAUGCGUCCCUUGUUACAAAGGGCACUACUGUCCUUCGUCUGCUUCUAACCCAAUGCCUUGCCCAGCUGGUACAUUUGCUACUGCAACCGGAUCAGUAUUUUGUCAACUAUGUCCUGCUGGUUUCUCGUGCCUCAAUGCGUCGCUGGCACCUGUUGCUUGUGAUGCGGGAUUUUACACCCCUGCCGGACAAGUUAUAUGUCAGCCUUGUACCCUGGGAACAUUCAGCUCAGGAGCUUCUGCUAGCUGUACCCCGUGCUGGAGUGGAUACAAAUGCAGUAAUGGAACCACACCAGUCAAAUGCCCUGCCGGUAAAUACAGCCCUGAAGCUAAAGAGAGGUGUCUUGACUGUCCUACAGGCUACUAUUCUGGAAGCGGUGCUGCAUAUUGUAGUCCGUGUCCGGUCGGUUCUACCUGCAAUGACCCGUCUACUUCACCCGUACCAUGUACAGCAGGACAUUUCUGGACUAAAAGCACAAGCGGAGUUCCUGCUUGCAUUCCAUGCCCAAAAGGGUACUACUGCCCCUCAAUUCUAUCAACCCCACUACCAUGCGGAAAUGGGACAUAUUCCCUUGGCUCUAACUCUAGUUGCUCAAGUUGCCCGGCAGGCCAGUCGUGUUUGGAUCCUUCGCUAGCGCCCGUCAACUGCCCGUCAGGAACCUACAGUACUCUUGGAAUGGCCGAAUGCGUGUUGUGUCCCGCCGGAUACUCGUGCCCAAACCCGGCUGCAACCAUCACAGUCUGCACUGCUGGAACAUUUUCACUGCUGGGCCAAACAACCUGCGCAGAUUGCCCACUUGGUCACAUGUGUCCCAGUGCAAAAGAGAACUCUGUAAGGUGUCCGCUCGGUGCCACUACCAAUGGUUUGACAAAGGCCACCAACUGCACUGCCUGUCCGGCUGGCUCGAAGUGUGAAACCCCUGAGAGCGCAGUUACAGCUUGCUCUGCUGGACAAUAUUCUCUUGGGUCUUCAACGACAUGUUUGAACUGUCCUGCUGGUUUUAGAUGCCCGCUUACUAAUCAAAGACCAAUUUCUUGUGAUCCUGGAGAAUUUGCUUCUACGGCAUCAACAACAUGCACUAUUUGUCCCCCUGGCAUCGCCUGCCCAUACAUGGCAUCGAAUAUUCAAUACACAUGUCCUCCAGGCACAUAUUCCAUUGGAAAGCAGCAGCAGUGUACAGUAUGCCCAAAAGGGAAAUACUGCCCGUCAACGACUAACGCUACAGUGCUUGACUGUCCAACGGGACACUAUUCGUUUGGGGCAGCUGCAGCUUGCAUCUCUUGCCCAAAAGGGUAUGAGUGCCCAAAUAAAGAUGGAAGCGCUAAUGCUAAAUGCGUCCACGGUACUUACUCGUCGGGCAACUCUACGGGCUGUUCAACCUGUCCAGCAGGAUUCGAAUGUCCUCGGAUAGAUAUGAAUUCACCAAUUCCAUGUACAAAUGGAACUUACGCUGUAGCAGGACAAGUCAGUUGUACGGCCUGUCCACCGGGAUACGCUUGCCCGUCGUUGAAUUCUGCGACAGUGACUGCCUGUGCCAGUGGCUACUACAGUAUUGGACGUCAGAUGCAGUGCACCAUGUGCCAACCAGGCUAUGCCUGUCCCUCGACAAGAGACAACAUUGUUUUUACUUGCCCCUUAGGAACAUAUGCAUUGGCUGCUAAAACGAGCUGCACUCCUUGUCCUGCCGGCCAGUUCUGUCGAAACACAACGGUCGUUGGAACGGCUUGUUCAGCUGGCUCAUACAGCCUUGGGAAGCAGACGGUAUGUACCCAGUGUCCAAGUGGCUAUUCAUGUGCCGAUGCAACAAAGAAGCCAGUCAUAUGUCCCGCUGGGAAGUACAGUAACUCCUCUGCAACAUCCUGUGCUCCAUGCACAGCUGGGUACUUGUGCCAAGAAGGAAGUACCUCUGCUGCACCCAUUGUGGGUGUCUGUCCAAUGGGUUCUUACUGCGAUGACAGCAUAACUGCUAAGCAAUGUCCCUCUGGCACUUAUGGCAAUACAACUGGAGCAAAAAGCCAAUCUGAAGGCUGUGCUACUUGCCCUGCAGGCUACUAUUGCAUUCAAGGUACUGUUGGCUACCCCAAUAUGGCAUUACGUUGUCCACCGGGUCACUACUGCCCAGCUGGCACUCUAACACCGUACCAGAACCCUUGUCCAAAUGGUCUUUUCAGCAGGAAUGUUGGUAACGAAAGAGUGGAGCAAUGUGAAAGUUGCAAGGCAGGAUACUACUGUCAGGGCGGCGACAGAACCGGAGACAGCUUUUGCCCGAUGGGCCACUAUUGCCCUGUUAACACAACGGCAGCAACUCAGUAUCCGUGUCCUGCCGGAUACUAUACCGAAGAGCAGGGAUCGAUAAGCUUCUCGGAUUGUAAGAUUUGCCCAAUUGGAUAUUAUUGUACAUCAGGGUCACAUACCCCAACCCCAUGCCCGCCUGGCACGUACAACCCAGCAUUGAUGCAAGGAUCUUUAGGAGACUGUCGGCAAUGUAUAGCUGGAAUGGCUUGUCCACAAUAUGGGCUUGGCUGGCCUUCUGAAGUCUGCAGUUCAGGUCACUUCUGUCCGGCAGGUACGCGGCAACCGAACGAAACUGCAAAUGCAUGCCCUGCGGGAAGCUACACCGACUACCACAAUCUCACUGCUUCAAGAGAAUGCACUGCAUGUCCCAUUGGACAGGCGUGCUCUUCUGGUACAGGUGGUCGUCAGAAACCGCCACAGCUGUGCGCCACAGGACACUAUUGCCCACUUGGCACAAGGCACCCGCAGCAGUAUCCUUGCACUGCAGGAUCUUGGACCAAUCUUACGAAUCUGCGAAGGCAGAGUGAUUGCUAUGAAUGUCCCAAAGGCUGGUAUUGUCUCGAGGCAUCUUCUACUCCAACAGGACUCUGUGUUCCUGGCCACUACUGCCCUCCAGGAACAAAGUUUGGCAAGGAAUUUCCAUGUGCUGCUGGCACCUACACAAACAAAACUGGCGUUGUUAGAUGGGAACGAUGUGAGCAAUGCCCCGAGGGUCAUUAUUGCCCGCAAGGUACUGCCGUUCCUAAGGCUUGUCCAAAAGGAAAGUACUAUGAUGUAUUAUCUGGCAAAGCUCUCGGUGAUUGUAAAGCUUGUACUGCUGGGUACUAUUGCCCAGUUGAGGGUACAGUUACCCCAUUGCCAUGCACAAAGGGAUAUUACUCUUCUUCAGGAGCCUUUAAUUGUACAAUUUGUAAACCAGGCUUUUAUUGUGCAAGCAACACAACGAGUUACAAUACCAUGACAACUACGUUUGUUUGUCCGGCUGGCUUGCACUGUCCGACUGGCCUCGACCGCCAGCCAGACUUGGUGUCACACAAGUGUCCAAAAGGCCAAUACUGUGUACGAGGAGACGAACACGCAUUUCCACAAAACUGCCCCAAUGGAACCUAUAAUCAAUUCUUCGGUCUCAAGCAUGUAAGGGAGUGUCAGACAUGCCCGGAGGGCUAUUACUGUGAGCCAUCUGGUCAGACGAGUCCAACCGACAAGUGUCCACCUGGAUUCUAUUGCCCUGCUGGAACAGGCUAUAAGCACCAGAACCCAUGUCCAGUCGGUUUCUACAGAAAUGCAUCUGCUGCGAUCAGUGGCAUGGACUGCAGUGUUUGUUUUGCCGGCAUGUAUUGCAAUGCAGAAGGGUUGCCAUUCCCCAUUACAUGCCCACCGGGAUCGUUCUGCCCUACUGGUUCAUCGUUCCCCCAGCCAUGCCCAAGUGGCUACUACAGCAAUUCAAGUGGAAUAAAACGAAGUGACGACUGCACAGCAUGCCCUGCCGGAGAAUACUGCGCUGGUGUUGGAAAUACCCAGCCAACUGGCCUCUGCGAUGCAGGGUUUUAUUGUAGAGGCGGUGCAUUCACCUCCGCUCCACCAGAAGGUGUUACAGGUGGCAUCUGCCCGAAAGGAGGCUAUUGUCCAAAAGGAGCCAAAGUGAGGGCACCGUGUCCUGCAGGAAGGUACAACAACGAAACAGGUGCCAAGCAAGCCGAUGACUGUGUUCUUUGUCCUGCCGGAUCUUAUUGUGCAGGUGACACAAAUGCCGGCCCAACUGGACCAUGCGACCCUGGCUAUUACUGUAAGAACGGAUCAACUUCUCGAGUGCAAUUCGCAUCACCAAAGGGUCACUACGCCCUUAAAGGAUCUGCAGCUCCGACACCCUGCCCUGUGGGCACCUACCAGGAGUCCGAUCGUGCUUUCAAAUGCAACCCAUGUAUUGAAACUGCUUAUUGUGAUGUGGAAGGGCUGAGCACACCAAAGACCUGCCCGCGCGGCUACUACUGCCCAACAAGCAGUAUAAAGCCUUCAACCUGUCCUAGAGGUACUUAUAACCCUAAUGAAGGACGAGCAAAUGUAACCGAAUGUAUACAGUGCACGCCAGGCUAUUACUGCGGUGCAGAAGGGCUAAAUUUCACGUCUGGAAAAUGCUACGAAGGGUAUUACUGCGUUAUUGGGUCACCAGUUCCGAAUCCGGGUAACGCUACGAACGGUAACAUUAACGGCACACAAGUAUUUGGCGGUGUAUGUCCCCCUGGUCAUUACUGUACCAUUGGUACGAUCAGGGCUACCGACUACCAGUGUCCAAACGGAACCUACAACCCUUAUUACGGGGGUAAAUCAAGCAGUAUUUGUCAGCAGUGCGAUGGUGGCAAGGUUUGCAAUGGAAAAGGCCUUGCGCAGCCUACAGACCUAUGCGCUCCAGGUUUUUACUGUAUUGGUGGUGCAAGCACACCUACACCGAUGGAUGGAGUGACUGGAAAUAUUUGCCCAACAGGGAAUUACUGCCCGGGAAAUACGUCCUAUUAUUCACCUUGUCUACCAGGAACUUAUAGCAAUGUAACUGGCUUGUCGAAAUGUCUUACCUGUCCAGAACGGUUCUUCUGUCGAAACCGCAUUACUCCCGAAAGAUGUCCAGCUGGUAGCUACUGCCCUGCAGGCUCCGGCGAAAGUGACAUCAAGCCAUGCCCACCUGGCACAUGGAAUCAAUUCGGUGGUCUUGCUGCGAAAAAUGAGUGCUCUUCUUGCCCACCAAAGAAGUAUUGCGAGAGAUACGGUGUAACAGAAUUUUCCUCUGGCAACGGAAGUGGCCUAUGCGAUGCAGGAUUUUACUGUCAAACUGGAGUUAGUGUAAAGCGGCCAACACCACCUUUGGCAACUGGUAUAGGCGGUCUUUGCCCACAGGGGGCGUACUGCCCAAUUGGCACUGAUGUGCCCGUGCCUUGCCCGCGUGGCAGAUACAACAAUAGAUUGCAGUUGACCAACUGGACGGAAUGUGAGCUGUGUGACUAUGGGAAGUAUUGCGGAGAACAGGGCCUGAAUGCCACGUCAGGACCAUGUAGCCCUGGCUUCUAUUGCUUACGUGGAGCCCAGUCUCCUAAUAAUCCCAGCAAAGAUUCUACUGGUGGUCCUUGUCCAAAGGCACACUACUGUCCUGAAGGCACUGGAUUUCCUCUCGGUUGUCCAAGUGGUACGUACAUGCCAGUUGAAGGCCAUGCAAGUUGCUUUCAGUGUUUGAAAGGCUACUACUGUCCCGCUAAUGUAUCGGAUUUCAUGCCAUACCCAUGCCCGUUGGGACACUACUGUCCAAAUGGUACUAGAUACUCAACAGAAUUUCCAUGCCCAAAAGGACACUUCAGGAACCAAACCAAGGGAGAAAGCAUUUCAGAUUGCAUACCUUGUCUACCUGGACAGUAUUGUCAAGGAACAGGUCUAGAUAAGCCCAGCGGCCCUUGCGAUCCAGGAUACUUCUGCGUAAGGAUGGCGUACUCAAAGACACCACGUGACUACGAUAACUUCACUUCCGGUGACUGCCUAUGUCCUACCAAUUCAACAGGUGGUGAGUGCCAGCCGGGUUUCUAUUGUCCACUUGGUUCUUCACAGCCAAUUCUUUGCCAGGGUGGGCAUUAUUGCGAGGGCAAACGGAACUUCAAUUAUACCGGUCCAUGUGAUCCUGGCUACUACUGUUCAAAUGGUUCAUGGACGCCUAAACCGACUGAUGGAAAAGUAGGGAACAGAUGUCCGCCUGGGCACUAUUGUCCACUUAGAACGCAAAUACCGGUUCCAUGUCCUGCCGGAACGUACUCUAACGCCACAGGAAACAGCAUGGUAUCUCAGUGUCUCCAAUGCACGAAUGGCUCAUAUUGUCAAGGAACUGGCAACAUCAAGCCAACAGGCCUCUGUGAUGCAGGCUACUACUGCCCAGCAGGCCAAAGCAGCAAAACAGCAAUAUCAUGCACUGUCGGACACUACUGUCCCACUGGAUCACCCUCUCCUGUGCUCUGUGAAUCGGGUACUUGGCAAGAUGAAACUCAAAAAUCCCUCUGUAAAGUUUGUCCCGAGGGUUACUUUUGCGAUCGCAAUAAUGGCCCAAUCACCAAUUAUGCCUUACACCCAUGUCCCAAUGGCUUUUACUGUCCCAAUGGAACAAGAUUUGCUACAGAGUACGGCUGCCCCAAUGGCACCUACGGAAAUGGAACAACACUUGAUAGUGCAAGUCAGUGUCUAUCUUGUCCACCCGGAAGAUUCUGUCUAGGAUCAUCGAGUAAUUACACCGGUAGCUGCAACAGUGGAUUCCACUGCAUAGCUGGAGCAUCAACACCCACCCCUACUGACAUGGUAACAGGUAGAUCGUGUCCCGUGGGACACUACUGCCUAACAGGGACACCAAGUCCUACGCCCUGCCCUGCUGGCACUUUCAAAAAUACCACUGGUGCGAAAUCGCUAUCAGACUGCAUUGACUGUACCCCAGGUAUGUAUUGCCUGACUCAGGGGCUCAGCUACCCAACAGGCUUUUGCAGUGCUGGUUUUUACUGUAUUCGAAAAGCGCAAUACCCAUCUCCAACGGAUGGUGUAACCGGGCGAAACUGCACACCAGGACACUACUGCCCAGUGGGAUCACCGGCACCAAAACCAUGCGAAGACGGUACUUAUAUGGCAGACACGACAGCAACAAAAUGUCAUGUUUGUCCAGCAGGAAGUUACUGCGUUGGAGAUCAUCUAGGUCCUUCCCCAUGCCCUGCCGGGUUCUACUGCCCGAAUGGAACCGGGUACAAUUGGCAGGCAUGCCCAUCCGGUACCUUCAGUAACACACCCGGACUUUCCAUUGUUUCAGAAUGUAGACAAUGCUCUGGUGGAAAUUACUGUGCCUAUCCCAAUGCCACAACUGAAACUGGACCCUGUGAUGCUGGAUAUUAUUGUCGUCUUGGCUCCAAUCAGCCAAAGCCAGAAUCCGGUCAUACUGGGGAUGCGGGUCCAUGUCCGGCCGGAAGAUACUGUCCACAAAAUACCACCAAUCCGUUACUUUGUCCAAAAGGAAGAUUUUCAAAUAGCACUCAUUUAAAAACUGCCACUGACUGUGAUCUUUGCACGCCUGGACACUAUUGUGGUGUUGAUGGACUAGCAAAUGUAAGCGGACAGUGUGACCCUGGAUUUUAUUGUUUACACGGCUCACAAGUGCCCAACCCCAGCACUGUAACUGUAUCUGGUGGGCCUUGCCCAAUCGGACACUACUGCCUGCAAGGAACGGCGUAUCCACUUGGAUGCAAAGCAGGGACAUAUAACAACCAGACCGGUCAGAGUUCUUGCCAACUAUGUUGCUCAGGAUACUACUGCCCAGAAAAUUCAACAAGCUGUUCGUAUGAAUGCCCGACAGGUCAUUACUGCCCUCUUGGUACGAAACAUCUUUAUGAAUAUCCAUGUCCGGCCGGAACUUACAACAGUUUUACUAAAAAGAUGCAGCUUGCUGAUUGUGCCUAUUGUGAUGCUGGCAAGUAUUGUCCUACGUCCGGCCUUACUUCAUCAUUUGCUGAUUGUGCUGCGGGAUGGUAUUGUAGACGGGGGGCCUCUUCUGCGAGACCUAUUGAUGUUGGAAAUCUUACAUGCUCUGGUAAUGCAACCCAAAACGCAUCUACUUGCUUCUGUCCAAACUCAACAACUGGAGGUCAAUGCGUGCCUGGAAGUUUCUGUCCAAAGGGAUCUAAUGAGCCUAGUGCAUGCUCGCCAGGCUCAUAUUGCGAUGCAUACGGCUUGGCAAAUGUUUCUGGUCCAUGUGAUGCAGGAUACUUUUGCCAGUCUGGAGCAGCCAGUAAAGCGCCUACGGACGGUGUUACCGGAAAUAUAUGUCCUGUUGGCCGCUAUUGCCUUGUUGGAACCUCCGUGCCAGACCUUUGCCCGCCUGGUACUUUCUCUAACCGUACUGGAAACAAGGCGCUUGGGGACUGUACACAAUGUGAGCCAGGCCAGUACUGUGAUGGCUGGGGUCUAGACAAGCCAUCUGGACCAUGCGAUGCUGGGUAUUACUGCCCUGGUGGACAAAACAAAAGCGAUCCUGUAGAGUAUAGGUGUACACCAGGACAUUUAUGUCCGAAUGGAAGCAAAGCCCAACUGCCUUGCGUAUCUGGAACGUACCAAAAUGAGUUUGGGAAGGCCAGUUGUAAAGAAUGCCCGGCGCGGUAUUAUUGUGACGGUACCAUGUUGAAUGCCAGUCAAUGUAGCUACGGAGUCCAGCAUCCGGUUGCGUGUCCACGUGGCUAUUUCUGUCCGAAUGGAACCAAAACUGGAACGCAGUUUGGAUGUCCAAACGGAACAUACGGUGCUGCGACCCAUCUGAGCAGCGCUUUAGAAUGCACCCAGUGCCCAAGUGGCAGAUACUGUGAGCGUGAAGGCCUUGACACGUGGACUGGUAACUGUGAAGCAGGGUACUAUUGCGUCGGAGGAGCCAAAGUCAAAGCACCAAAUGACGGAUCCACUGGAUAUAUUUGCCCGACUGGCCACUUCUGCCCAUCUGGCACAAACGCAACAGUUCCUUGUCCUGCUGGGACAUAUAGCCCAUCGCUCGGUCUUGGCAACGUCGGACAGUGCCUUGGGUGUACUGCUGGAAGGUAUUGUGGUGGGCUAGGCCUCAACCAAACAUCUGGAAAUUGCAGUGCUGGCUAUUACUGUUCUUCAAAUGCAUCGCAGCCUAAUCCAACUGGGGGUGCCACAGGCAACGUCUGUCCUGUGGGUUCCUAUUGUCCAUCUGGCACUGGCGUACCAAAACCAUGCUCACCUGGAAUGUACAUGAAUCAUACUCAAGCAAGCACAUGCUACGUUUGUCCGCAAAGGUAUUAUUGCAUCAACAGAGUCAACCCGGAGGCCUGUCGACCAGGGUUUUACUGUCCGGUCGGUACUGGAUACGUUAUGCAACCAUGCCCAACCGGAACAUAUAGCCCGAGCACACUGCUUGGUUUUGAAUCCGAAUGCCUGUCUUGUAAUGCUGGUCAGUACUGUGGAAGCUUAAACCUUACCAACCCAAGUGGGCCAUGCUCUGCCGGAUAUUACUGCAAAAAUGGAUCUGAUACCUCUACUCCGUCUGGCGGACAUAAAGGAUUCGCUGGUAUUUGCCCGCUUGGAAGCUACUGUCCGUCUGGAAACUCUAGCGCGCCGAUAGCUUGUCCGUUGGGAACUUUUAACAAUGGAACGCACGGGAAGAGCUUAGCUGACUGUCGAUUGUGUCUCAAGGGAUAUUACUGUGAUAAGGAAGGGUUAUCUUGGCCUACGGGUCAAUGCCAGCCUGGAUACUAUUGCAGUGGAGGUGCGAUUGUUUCAAACCCGCCUACUGUGACCUCAACUGGGGGCCCUUGCCCUGCAGGAACUUUCUGCGAAACUGGUUCUUCUGCACCAACAAACUGUUCAUCUGGCACAUAUAACAGCCUUUCAAAACAGUCAUCGUGUGUAGAAUGCCCUCCCGGUCACCACUGUGUCAAUGGGUCAACAAUUUACACCGAAUGUCCUAAAGGAUAUUACUGCCCCAAUGGAACUAAGUUUAGUACCCAGUUCCCUUGUCCUAUGGGUACGUUCAAAAACUACACGAAAGGUUCAUCUAUCGACGACUGUAAGAGUUGCACCCCCGGAAUGUAUUGCGAAAUUGUAGGGCUGGAUGUACCAACCGGUUUGUGUCAAGGGGGAUGGUAUUGUUCUGGUGGAGCGAUUUCAAAGACACCAACAUUGAAUGGCACAGGUGGUAUGUGUAAAGCUGGCACGUUCUGCCCCCCUGGUUCUGAUGCCCCAACCUCGUGCACACCUGGCUAUUACUGCUCCGAAGAUGCAUUAAGCAGCACUAAAGGUCUUUGUGCUCCUGGAUAUUAUUGCAACGGUAGCACUAUUGAUGAAAGACCAGUGAACAAGUCGUAUGGAGACAUUUGUCCCCCUGGUCAUUUCUGUGAGCUUGGCAGCAACGCACCAAAUGCAUGCAGGCCUGGUGAAUUUGCAAGGGGGUAUGGAAAUGAUUAUCGCAACGCCUGUAUUCCAUGUCUGCAAGGCCAGUACUGUGAUCGAUCUGGUCUAGCUGAACCAGCUGGUAACUGCUCGGUAGGCUAUUACUGUCCAUCUGGUGAAAUAUACCCAUCUCCCUCUGACAAGAUGUGUCAGCCCGGUCACUACUGCCCGCUUGCUAGCUACAAACACAAUGUCUGCCCACCUGGUACUUACCAACCGUACGCCGGUCGCGGCUUCUGUUUGGAUUGCAGUAAUGGCUACUAUUGUGAUCCAGUUGAGGCCCAAGGUUUCAAUGCAAGUGGGUCGAAUUCUAGCAGUCAUGGAGUUGUUACGCCUGGAAUAUGUCCCAUCGGAUAUUACUGCCCAAAUAAAACAGUGACAUACAAGGACUUUCCAUGCAGGAAAGGAUACUUUGGAAACGCGACGAAACUUUCGAGUCAUGAUGAGUGUCAUCCUUGCACGCCUGGCUACUACUGCGAUCGCGAUGCAAUGACAGAACCAGCGGCAAAAUGUCACGUCGGAUAUUACUGUUCAGAGAAAGCAAUCACACCCCAGCCUACAACACUUGCUCAGGGUGGCGGGGAGUGCCCUCAAGGCUUCUAUUGCGAGUCUGGGUAUUUCCAACCCCUACCCUGUCCAAAGGGCACAUACGGAGACAGGAUAAAGCUAGGCAACAUAACGCAAUGCACAGAUUGCCCAGGUGGAAUGUACUGCGCCCAAGAUGGUCUUCCUGCACCAAAUGGUAGCUGUAUUGCUGGACAUUAUUGUUCAGGUGGUGCUAUUGUCAGUAACCCUACUGUCCAGGCCUACGGUGGAAUUUGCCCCAAAGGACAUUAUUGUCCAAUUCAAACCACAACGCCAUUUUCUUGCCCACCAGGUACAUACAACAAUCAAACUGGAGCCACAAGGCCUCAAGACUGUCAACCUUGCCCGGCGCGUCAAUAUUGCGCAGGGUAUGGUAACGAAGCUCCUGACGGUCUGUGCGAUGCUGGCUACUUCUGUACAAGAGGUGCCUACUCUCCACGACCAAUACUACAUACCAAUUUAACCUAUAACAACUCGGACCAAUUCACCUGCCCUCUGUACUCUGUAAAUCAAACCGGAGAUAUGUGCCCAGCAGGAUACUACUGUCCGAAAGGAUCUGAUGUGCCAACGAUUUGCGAUCGUGGAAAAUACUGCGAUGUAAAAGGCUUGCCUGCUCCAACUGGCAACUGCACUGCUGGACAGUACUGCGAGCCAGGCUCGGUAUCACCAGCACCCAAAAAUUGCAAGGCCGGGUAUUACUGUCCUAAAGGAGCGCCUUUCGAGAUUCCAUGCCCUAUUGGAACAUUCUCUGGUGUACCAGGAGCUUCUCAGCUGAGCCAAUGUAGUAACUGUACUGCUGGUUAUUAUUGUCCACAAACGGGUAUGACUGCGGCAGUCUUUGAGUGUCUACAAGGCUAUUAUUGCCCAUCUGGCUCUUCGAAGAAUGACAGCGUUGAAUGUCCCCGUGGAUCGUACUGCCCAACUGGCAGCGGAUCACCCAUCAAAUGCCCUGCAGGCAAGUACCAAGAUGUGAAAGGAAGCUACCAGUGCAAGACCUGUCGACCCGGAUUUUAUUGUGACCCGACACCCUUACCACCAGCGCAAGGUGUCAUAACUCCGGUCAAUUGCACAAAAGGCUAUUAUUGUCCAUCUAAUACGUCAUCAGCAAGGCAGUUCCCAUGCCCCUCCGGAAGGUACAGCAAUGCAAGCGGUCUGCAAUCAGAGAAUCAAUGUCAGCCGUGCCCAGGGGGCUUCUAUUGCUCAGGAAUUGGGAAUACAGCACCCACAAACCCAUGUGCUGCUGGCUCUUACUGCACGUCAAGAGCAAUUACUCCCUCGCCGAGGGACAAUGUCACCGGAAACAUCUGCAACCUUGGACAUUACUGUCCGGAGCAAAGUGUGUCGGGAGUGCAAUGUCCAAUUGGUACAUUUGGAAACGUGACAGGUCUUCAAAAUGCCUCUGGUUGCACUCCUUGUGUGGCUGGAUGGUACUGCCCCAGCAAAGGACUGUCUCUUCCAUUCCAAAAAUGCACUGCUGGUUACUGGUGCAUAAGUGGCUCCAUCGAACCUGCACCAACUGGGAAAUCAUAUGGUGUUGUUUGUACAAGCGGUAGUUACUGUCCGACAGGUACGCCCGCUCCUGUUGCAUGCCCAGAGGGAUUUUAUUCCAACCAGACUGGAAAGACAAAGCUGAAUGACUGCAUCGGUUGUGAUGCGGGCUACUACUGCAGUGGAACAGGGAAAACCUCAACGGCAAACCAAUGUAACGCUGGCUAUUACUGCGUACGAAAUGCCACGAUUCCAAAUCCAACAGACGGAGUAACUGGUGACAUCUGUCCAACUGGGACAUAUUGUCCUUUGGGUGCACAUGUGCCUCUGUUUUGUGAAAAUGGAACUUACGCAAAUGUAACAGGAUCUUCAGCUUGCCUAGACUGCCCACCGCGAUACCGAUGCACGAGGCGAGUACAAGCAGACCCGUGUCCACAAGGAAGGUAUUGUCCUGGAAAGACAGGCUAUGACACAAUACCCUGUCCAAAUGGAACCUAUGGAGCAAGCCAGUACCUGAAGAGUUCAUCAGAGUGCACCCAGUGCACCGGUGGGUCUUAUUGUGGAGGCACCGGCCUUGACAAAGUAUCGGGACCUUGUAAACCAGGAUACUUCUGCACCAGCGGUGUUGACACUGACACACCAAUCGGGUUCGGGCACACUGGCAAUGGAGGGCGAUGUCAUCAAGGCCAUGAGUGCCCCGGCGAAACAGCAUUCCCAGUACCGUGCAAGCCAGGAUAUUAUGCACCAAAUCUAGGCAUGGCUUCAUGCCUUGUCUGCGUCCAAGGUUUUUAUUGCCCUAAUAAAACCAUCUCUCCGGUAAUAUGCCCCAAAGGACACUUCUGCCCCAACGGCACAGAAUAUAGUACACAACACAAAUGCCCACCUGGGACAUAUAAUAACAAAACAGGACAAGCAGUCAUCUCAUCUUGCCUUUCAUGUCCGCCUGGCAAGUACUGCGAAGGUUACGGAAGGACAGAACCCAAUGGAGAAUGCGACUCUGGCUUUUUCUGCAGAGGAGGAGCCGCUUCUGGACGACCUGGUGAUAUUGGUGCAUUAGCUGUCAGCGCUACGUCUCCUAAUGCCACAUGCUACAAACCUUAUGGAUGUAUUUGCCCAGCAUUUAAUUCAACAACAGGUGACAUUUGUCCAGCUGGCCAUUACUGCCCGAGAGGAUCUCAAGAGCCUACAAAGUGUCGUGGUGGCAUGUACUGUCCACAUGCAGGAAUGUCCUACCCACAAGGCAAUUGUACUGCAGGCUACUACUGCAAUGGAAGCUCAACAGUUCCAAACCAGCACGAAUGCUAUCCGGGACAUUACUGUCCAUCCGGGACGGAGAUCCCUAUUCCAUGUGAAAUCGGUACGUUUGCCAGUGGUUCCCGCAACACCAAAGUACAAGAUUGUCUCAACUGUACCGGUGGUCGUUACUGUAGCCAGCGCGGAAAAGCUUCAACAACCGGACCAUGUGCCGCAGGGUAUUUCUGCCCUGGAGGACAGUCAAGUAGCACUCCACCCGCGCAUCUUUGCCUUGUUGGCCAUUACUGCCCGGGCGCAAAUUCUUACCCGGUACCUUGUGAGAACGGCACCUAUCAAAAUGUAACCGGACAAAGCUCGUGUAUACCUUGCCCAUCUGGAUUUUACUGUGACCCAUCUGAAGGUCCGAUUGUAUCGCCAAAGCAAUGUCCGCGCGGGUUUUAUUGUCCUGCAGGCUUGAAGACCAAAUGCCCUAUUGGUACUUAUGGCCCUAAUCUGGAAGGAAAAACUAUGAAUGAUUGUGAACAAUGUCCGCCGCAGUUCUUCUGUGGAAGUCCAGGUCUUUCUUCGCCUAGUGGAAAAUGCUACGCCGGGUAUUAUUGUAUGGGCGGAGCAAAAACAGCCUCACCUGAAAAAGAUGGAGCAACAGCAAAUGUAACAUUCCCAUACAAAAAUGAUCAAUGUGUCCCUGGUUACUUUUGUGCCAACGGUACGGAUGUCCCAACUCCUUGUCCUGCAGGGUACUUCUCGAGCCAAAGAGGCCUUCGCUCUGCAGGUGACUGUAAGGAGUGUCCGCCAGGCCGUUACUGUGACACAAUUGGCCUGCAGUCAAUAACAGACCCACCAAAAUGCCAAGCUGGGUUCGUGUGUCGAUCAGCUAGUAAGACUGCGACUCCAUUUGACGGUAUCAAGGGCUACCCGUGUCCAAAGGGAAGCUACUGUCCAAAAGGAUCAGCUAUUCAGCUUGGAUGCAAUCCUGGAAGCUAUCAACCAGAUUCUCAACAGCCGAACUGCACUAUCUGCCUCCCUGGUUUUCACUGCCCUAAUAACAACAUGACGAGCCUAAUAGCCUGUCCUGUUGGCCAUUACUGCCCGGGUGCAGACGUAACAGGGGUGAAAUGCCCAGCCGGUACGUACAACAACAAAACUGGAGCUACCUCUCCAUCGGGCUGCACUGACUGCCCAAAAGGACUUUACUGCUUGCUAGGCAGUGUCAAUCCAACUGGAAAAUGCCAGCAGGGGUAUUAUUGUGAAGGAGGGGCAGCAAGUCGUGCACCAAAUGUGUCUAGUGUCAAGUAUCCAAGGAACGGAUUGUGCCCUGCAGGCCAUUACUGUCCGGAGGGUACAGCAGCACCCGUAAAAUGUCCGGAAGGCCGUUACAGGUCCUCACCCGGUGCAGCUGAUGCCAAUGCUUGCUCUUUGUGUGACCCCGGAUACUAUUGUAAAGGCACCGGACUCACCAGCUCAACAACAAAAUGCUAUGCUGGCUGGUAUUGUCCCGCAGGAAGCAACGAUCCUACACCAAAGAACUAUACCUGUUGGCCCGGACAUUACUGCCCGAACGGAACUGCUUUGCCUACACCUUGUCCACCAGGCACGUACCAACCAAAUUCAGGCAGCCCUGUAUGCACCGAUUGCCCGGCUGGUUAUUAUUGUACCAGCAGUGUAUUUAAACUUGUUACCUGCCCCGCAAGACACUUCUGUCCAACAAGGAGCACACUGCCGACAUUGUGUCCAAAUGGAACAUUCACACUCGAUAACGAAACUGGGCUGCAAAGCUAUACACAAUGCAGGCCAUGUGUUACGUCAUACUAUUGUCAGUUAGGUAAGGUGAUGAGCAAAUGCCACGCUGGGUACUGGUGCAGAAGUGGAAGUCCUGACCCAACUCCGUCAUUGAAGUAUGAAACAACUACAGUCCUUGAUUGCAAUUCAUCUGCCAAUUACUCACAGAUCCAGCACGGCCCGUGCCCGCCUGGUUCAUACUGUCCCAAUGGUACAGCCGUGCCAAUAAAUUGUCCAAAAUACACAUUCAAAACAAGAUGGGGUGGCAGUGAUAUUUCAGCGUGUCUUCCAUGCCCUGCUGGAAACGAAUGUUUCGCAGGCAAUCCCAAGUUAUAUCCGUGUCCCCUUGGAAAGUAUUGUCCUGAAGGAGCUGAUCCAAUCAACUGCCCAGUCCUCACUUAUCGCGACCAAUACAGCGGAAGAUCCGAGGCAGAUUGCUUCAAAUGCCCUGCCGGCUAUUGGUGCAAUAAAAACGGUAUGCCAACAUACAACGCGAGUGCAUGCCCGAUUGGUAAAUACUGCCCGUCAGGACACCACCCAGUUUGGUGUCCGCCUGGCCGUAUUCGUCCAAUGCCUGGUGCAGGAAAUUGGAGUGAGUGCAACCUUUGUCCGGGUGGCUAUUACUGUCCGUACAUGACUUCGAACUACACAGGGUUACCAUGCAGCGCAAAAACGUAUUGUCCACCAGGGUCUGCAAUGGAGAAAGAUUGCCUUGCUGGACACUACUGUCCGGAGAUUACUAGCCGACUGAUCAUUUGUCCAGCUGGCUACUAUUGCCCUAACUCGACGAGCGUGCCAAUCAAAUGUGAAUACCCAUAUUACUGCCCAACCGGAAGCUCGUCGAUGCUCGCCUGUCCGCUUGGCUAUAUGGCAACAACAAAGGCAGGAAACCGUACAUCACAAGCAAUGUCAUGCUCUAUAUGCCCCGCUGGCAUGUACGGCGACCAUCCUUUGAGAUUCAAUUGCUCUACUUGUAUUGAAGGCUUCUACUGCCCUGCUGGUACUACCGGACCUUUUAAUAAUCCCUGCCCGGUUGGUUAUUACUGUCCGGCCGGCUCCGGAGCCCAGAUCCCAUGUCCACCGGGAAUGUACGGAAAUUUGGAAAAAGCUACAAAAUCCAGUCACUGUUUACCUUGCCCACUCAACACUUUCAACAAUCAAAGAGGUCAAAAAGCAUGUCGCCCUUGUGGAAGCAGUGCUGAAGCGCCAAUAGGUUCUCCAAAAUGUGGCUGCAUCGGGAAGAACCGAGCUUUCCAGGUCUCAGAUGGUGCGUGUGUAUGCAAGACAGGUUAUGUGUUUUAUGAUGAACUUAAUUUAGAGCAAACAGAAGGAAACAGCGAUUUGGACUGUCAAGAGAUGGUUGAUGCCAUUUGUCCAUCUGGGCAAGUUCGUAUUAGCUCAAGCCGCAAGUGUAUGGACCCUACAACCUACGCUAAAGAAUAUUGCAAGGAUUACUGUGGAGGGGAAGGUGGUGAGUUUGCUUCGGAAUACGGGAUGUGUAAGUGCAAGUCUUAUACAACCUUUAAGGAACAGUGCGAUCAAGCCUGCAUUAACAAUAGUCCUGCUACGAAGAUUGGCCGAUCAGGCGAUAGCACGCUUCAGAUAAUUAUUACGGACAGAAGUGGUAAAACGACUAAAGUUAACAUAUUGUUAGAGAUGGGCCUCCCUGAUUACGAUCGGAGUGAGCGAGACUGCAGGUUUGUCGAGCAAAGAACUGAUGGGAUGUAUGGCUUCUACCCGAAGGAAAUUUCACAAGCACUUGGAUUCGCAAGUACAGGAUCUUCUAGGAAAAAGAGGGCUGUGUCUCCUACAGCGCCAGUCACCAUCCGCUCACCUGUUAUUUGUGUCUCUAUCGGGCAAGUCGUCGUCUUCAAGGUGAACCUUAACCCAACGAAUAGAAGCCUCAGUAAUUAUCCACAGUAUCAAAAGAAUCACCUGUUCAACACGAACCCUGAUUUCGAUUAUGGUAACUUCAGACAGUUGCAUUCCAUAAUUCAGACCACAAACCAAACCGUGAGCAUCUUUGCUCAAAUUUUCACAGAGCCAGGCGUGCACGUCUUCUACGAUAAUGCUGUCCCUGCUCGUGAAACGAUUGUCAUGGUGCCACAACUUGGCAGUGAAUGCCCAAAGAACCUCACUAUGGAUGCCUCCUUGUCAUCGACUCUAACUACGGCCAAAGUCACCAAGCAGGAACCAAAGAAUCUCGCUCCUAAUUGGGUGAUAAUCUACGCUGUUAUUGCUGCCUUCUUUGUUUUUGCUGUCUUUGCAGUUGUAAUUGCCAUUAUCUGGAAACCCAAGGCAAUCGGAAUAUACCCAAUACGAGCACUGCAACCAAAAUACCGCAGUCUGGGGGCACCGAUACCAGUCAUACCAAUCCCAGGCAUUGAUGACAACCCGUCCCUGCUGCUUGGACCGCGCGGUGCUCCUGAAGGUGCCGCUGAUUUUGAACCGUUCGUCGGAGGAUCUGGAACAAACAAAGGACUCUUGGAGAACUUCAGCGUUCGCACCUUGUAUGACAAGCUAGAGGAUCAGAAUUUGCACAUGGCCUCUCAACUCGCGAGACACCAGUCAGAUCUUCGCGGAUUCUACGACAGGAUUUGCCAGCAAACCGAAGGAUUAAAGCAGAUGCUACAGAAUCUUGAUGUUUCGGUUCUCGCAAAAGCUACUGAAAAUGCUGCCAAGAUUAAAGCAGAUGCUGGAAUUGAACGAGAAGAUUUGCAGCAGGCUUCAGUCCGCGAGCAGGUGACACACAAAGCCUUAACUGGCGGCGAGUCCAGCAGAGAAAAGGAACUGAUGAUAACUGUUCAGCAAUUGCUAGAAAAGUAUGAAAAUGGCUGGCAGCCUAUGGUGAUACAACAAGCUGGAGACCAAACACAGCAAACCAUGGCAUAUUCUUCCAUGUCCACCUUUGCCACAACCAACGCAAAGAUUCAUGGCACAAUGAGCUCGACAGGAGCUGCCUCGGGCAAGAUAGUUGAAGGCCACACUCUUGUCCUGCCAUCCGGUGACUUUGACGACGAUUUGAGAAGAAUGAACGCCGAAAGGGUGAAACUUGAUGAAGAACUUCGUGAGGACGAAAGCAAGGAGAUUAAGAUAUUUGUUGACGAUUUUGAGUCGCAACGGCGAAAUCUUAUGGGCAAAGCUGGGGAGGAUCUUGCUGAGAAACUGAGUGGUGACUUGUCUGACAGCGAAAUCGCGGCCGUAAUAGCUGCCCAUAACAAGGAGCUAAGGGAGUUGGAAAGCAAGUUCGACACGCAGAAAGACAGACAACAGGCAGAGCUGAUGGAAAAGCUAGCGCAAAGAAGACUGAAAAAGGAAAUGGCUUUGCGUGAAGAUCACUCGCAGAUCGCACUCAAACAUGACCUCAACAUUGAUGACGUCACAAGUGUUAGUGAUCCUGAGACAACCCUUCGUAGACUGCAAAAUUCCAUUGACAUGGUAAGUUUGGAGGAGAGUCUUGAAAUCGCCAGAGCUGAAGCUGCGAGAGCGAUGCACGAAAUGCGUGAGCAGAGCAAGAGCAUUGGAAACAGUUUCUCAGAAGCAGUUGAACACCUUGCAGAAGAUGGUUCUUUGUCGUCCGAGGAUGCAGAGGAGAUAAAGAGAAGAUCUUUGGAAGCCGAAGACCAAAUAGACAAGCUCUAUGAGAUCAGGCAAAAUCAACAAGCAAAUCUUAUGAGAAGAGAGCUUGCUUCUCGUAAAUCUGACAAAAUGAAGGCGUUGCUAGAAAAGCAAGCAGCGGAAAAAGCUGAGGCUGUGCGUGAAGGCAGAGAUUUGCAGGAGCUUAGCUUGAAACAUGAAAAAGAGAGAGAGCUCCUCGAAGCAACUUUUGAAGUGCAAGAACAAGAGCACCUUGCUGAACUCCAGAAGAAGAUUUCAGAGGAGCACAAGGACGCGCUCAUUGAGAACAACAGAAAACAGAUUGCAUAUCUUUCUGACCAGAAGGGACUCGCCAAAGCCGCUGUUGAGCAAAUGAUUGACCAGCUUCGCAAAGACAACAAUGCACUUGCAGCAAACAUGGAGCAGAGACGAAACAAGAAUAUGGAUGACAUUAAGGCAAAACUGGCAGCACGUAAGGCAAGAAAGGAACAAGAAGUUAACAGAAGAGCCAAAGAAGAAGCCCAACAGAAAAUAUUGGAAGAGCAAAGCAAACUGGCACAGGCUAACACGCCCAAAGAUUUAGAGGAUAUUGUCCUACCUGACAUUGUUGUACCAAAAGAUACCAUUGAAGUUUCGGCUUUGAAAAAGGAGCAAGAGCGAACAGUGGAGGAUCUCAGAGAAGCCCAGAAGACCGCAGAGCAAAAACUAGCAGAGAAACUUGAAAAGGAGGCCAAAGACGAAGAGGCAAGAAAGAUUAGAGAAUUCGAGACUUACAAAUCACGUGCUAUUAACGAAGUAAGGAAUCGCCAGGCGGCUGAGCUAUCUUCAAGGAAUGAUAUGGAUGCUGACGAAUCGCAAAGACUUCUUGACAACCAUCAACGAGAACUCGACGAUUUGAUGGAGAAGCUGGACUCGGAAAAAAAUAAACAGCAAAGCAACUUGAAGCAAAAACUAGCCGAGAGGAGGCGACAAAAAGAAGAAGCUUUAAGGCGAAAGCAAGAGGCUGAGAUGGCCAAGGAAUUGCUGGAACAAAAGAAAGAACUUGUCGAAACACACCUCUCAGCCGUUCGCAAAGCAGAAAAAGAAGCAAUUCUGGAUGCCAUCCGAGAGCAUGGAUCAGAAGCUAGUGAAUUUGUCAUACGAAAGAUCUUGGACAAAAGGCACAGCCAAGAACUACUGAACCUGGAUGAUGCAUUUGCUGAAGAACGCAAGGUUGUUGUUGAUGCUGCUCUGUCAAAGCUGGAAGAAGAGCAAAGCCAAGAAAAGGAUGAUUUGAGAGCCAAACACGAGGCAGCUCUCAGAGCCUUGGAAGAGGAAGGUCUGAGCACUGAGGAACUACAACAGCGAAGAGGCCAACUGUUUAACCAGCAGUCGCUUGAGCUGAGCUCACUUGAAAGAAAGCAUGCUGAGGAGAAGAAGAGCAUGCAACGGGCGGCCCUAUCUGACUGGGAGCUGAGAUACGCACGCGCAAAGCUCGAACUGAAAGAGAGGCAUUACAAAGAGUUUGCGGAAUGUUUGAAUGAAUUAUCGCCAGACCAAGCUGCGGAACACCAACGUGCCAUUGAACAGGCGAACGAGAAGGCAAGGCAGCUGGCGGAAGUCAGAAACAAACUUGAAGAUCAAAGAAAAGAGAGCGAGGAACGAAUGAAGCGGGAACUAGAAGAUUUCAAGGCGGAAGAGGAGAAGCGACUGGAACUUGAACUUCAAGAAUUUAAUGGUCAACUUCAAAAUGAGAUGGAAGAAGAGCGUGCAAGGAAUGAGAAAGCAAUUUUGUCUUUGAGUCAGCGAAAGGAAGCGUUGUUGCAAGAGAAGAAACUGAAAGCUAAACAGGAAAUUGAGCGGCUCAGCCAACAGGGUGGAAGUAAGGAGGAGCAAGAGGCCCUUAUGAAGGAGCAUACGAAAGAUCUUGCCAAACUAAUGAGCAAAAUGGACGCCGAUAGGAUGCGCAUGCAGAGCUCUUUGGAGGAGCGUUUGAAGAAGAAGCGAGAGGAACGAAUGAAAUCGAAAUUGAAAGAGCUGGAAGACAAGUCAGACGAAAGCCAACGCGAGUUCAUGGAUAAGCUCGAGUCUGAAACAGAACGUGUCAAGGCAGAUGAAACUUUGAUGCUGAAAGAGACUAUCAGCGUUGAUACGAUAGUUCAAGCAGCGGAAGUUUCAAAUGCACCUGCAAGUACUAAACAGGCUGAGCCAAUGCCGUCCUCCUAUCGUAUGGCUGCACCAAUGACAGACGGAGAACUGACAGCCCUGCUCAUGUCAUCUCCAUUGUAUCAAAAGCUCCAGGACAUUCAGGAUAUUGUUGGUGGCGGAACAGGCUCCAAAGGCAAGAAGGGCAAAGGGGCUGAUGAUGCGUACAUAGAUAUCAAAGACGACACAUUGUUCAGCAGCGACGAAGAGCUAGUACCAGUGGAUCUCGACCUCAUCAGUGCUCGCGAAUUCAUCGUUUAUAAAUUUGCCUGUUUCACUGCUGAUCUUCUUGUCAUUCAAUGUUACCAUAAACCAAUCAACAUCUUACUUGCGGAAAAACUGCCACCUAACACUCAGAUGAAAAGAAAUGCAUACAGAAACUCCUUCUUCUUUGAUGCUAACAACCAGAUACUUUACCUAAGGCGCGAUCGUCUCGAAUCAGUUGGUGAAUUUGUCCUGGUUCUCGUUCACACCCUGUCACACAUCAAAGUACAAGAUAUGAUUGAUGAUUCUGACCCUGCUUUCGUCAAGGAGUUCUACAAGUCCAUUAGUGUCGUGUGCAAUGACCUCUUCUUUGCAAGAUACAAGCGAUCAACUGCUCUGUCUUCGGCUAUGAUGUCAUUCCCAGAGGAAACUUUAAAGUUAGAAGAUGCCGGUAAAUUUGUGCUCGAAUCUGUGUUUGGGGACGCGCACAAUGAAGUCGACCGCCAGAACGUCAUUGACGAACUUCUGGAUACCAAUCUUGUACGCAUCAGCAACAAGAGUGUGCUUUUCAAUCAGGAAGUUAUGUUUAAUAGGCUUACAAAGUACACGGACUUUGUGAUUAGCAACCGCCUCAGGUCAUUCCUAGGUGAUAUUGAGGGUAAGGUUCACACUGCCCGCUUGCAAGGAACGGAAACUGAAAUUGAUAAACGCCUGCAAGAGCUUACUGGUAAAUCUGAAGAUGAAAGGCCAAAGACACGAUAUUUGCCUACGCGCGGCACACUGGCUACUCGUGACGCAACGCGCCAGGCAUCGCGUAAUAUGGCAUUAGCACGGUCAGCAACAUCUAUGUCAUUGCUACCGAGCAGGCCUGUAACACGCGCCAAAGGUGAUGAACAAGAAGAUCUGUAUCAGGCUUUUGUUGAGAGCCAAAUCGAAGAACUUGGUGACAAAAUGGACAACCUGAACCAAGAGUUUGCUAGCCUGACAAGGCAGUCACUGGACUUGACAGAGGAAUGUCGAUCGCUUGAAUCAGAGGUUGCUGCUCAAACCGAGUCUGCGAGAUCUGCUGCAGAGAAGUCUUCGGAGUACGCGCAUAUUACGCAGCUGAUUAAGAGUACAUAUGGCAAGUUGAACGCGAUUCGUGCACAGCUUGCUCAAGUAACUGUUGCUAAAUCAGAACGCAAUAAGCGGCUCCAAAUGUAUAGAAAGGAGAUUGAAGACAAGCAAAGUCAGUUGGACUUCCAUAAAUCGCAACCGCGGGAAGAACGCGAGAAGCAGAGUCGACGCAAAUUAGAGUCAGCGAUGGGAAACAAGCAACAUGCAUCUAAGAAAUAAAUAGUGCCUUUUGGCAACUUUUGAUGGGGUAUGUCUGUUUAUUAUAAAGUGUUUCAAGAUGCUGCAGGCAGCAUUUUGAUUUUAGCUUGGAAGAAUACAGACUCAAAAGAUGUACAGGAGUUGACUCGGCGAUAUAUCGCCAGAGAAAACUUUUUAUUUGUGACCAGCUUGAGUGUAAAAUGUAUUUGCGUUAGUUUCAAACUUUCUUUUGAAGUGUAUGCCUGAUUUCGAAAGCUCGUUCUCAUCCACCUUCCUUUAUCAUCUUGCUGCUUUUUCUUAAAGGCAUUGGCAAAUGUACAAAAGAUUUAGGUAUUUAUUGAAGCUAGAGUCAUUAACUUAACAUGUUUUUAAUUUAUUGCUGAUUUUAAGUUGUAAUAUUGUAUUUCCAGAAGGCUGUUGAUCAUAGGUUUUUGGUAUUUCUUUGAUUUUUAUUAUGAUCUACGUGUUCGUUGUCUUUUUUAAUUAGCAGUAAUUACGUGAGUAAUUCUAAUGACAAGAGAAUUUGAAAUAUUUGCCUCAUUAUCGAGUAAAGGUCCACUUUUGCUGGUCUUAUUUUCCCAGAAUACUGAUGUGAUUGAAAUCACCUUGAUUACUCUGAAAGUUAAGGUUUUCAUUUUAAACUACAGACAAGACUAUUUUCUGUAAACAUAUACCUUGCUUAUUAUACCGAGCAUCAAAAUAUUAACUCUGGCUUUAGCAAAUUAGAGAUUUGUCUGAAUUUUGCCAAGCCCUUUACUUUUCUAGAUGCAUUGUCCUCAAGUUUUCUGCCAUUGAGGCGCUUACAUUACCUUUCCACCAAACCUUGUUCACGUGCUAUCUUUAUUCGAUAUGAGCAGACAGAACAUUUCAUGCAAACUGAUUUUCUCGAUAUGUAGUCAUUCAAAAUAAAUGCAUAGCAUUUAGAAGCUGUAUAUUUUUCUAACCUGUAUUAAUUUUUGCACGAUUGUUGUAAAUACUUCUGUUGAGUGCCCGGGUAUUCAUGCAUUUUAGAUCUCGAAAUGAGGAAACGUUUUCUUAGACUAUUGAUUCUAUACAACAAUAGUUUAUUUA